AUGGAUCGCUGGACAGGGAAGUUCGCGAUCGUCACCGGAGCAAGUUCAGGAAUCGGCAAGUCGAUCACCAGAGAGUUAGUUUCUGCUGGUGUCAAUGUUCUGGGACUGGCUCGUCGUGAAAACAGACUCCAGGAGCUGUCUGAAAAUUUGAAAUUCUCAAAAGGCGCCUUCUAUUAUUUGAAAUGCGACCUUUGUAAUGAGGAAGACAUACUCAAGGCCUUUGAAUACGUGGAGAAUAAUUUUCAACAGGUUGAUAUUUUAAUAAACAAUGCUGGUAUUAUGCUUGGUGGCUCUCUCGCUGAGACAACCAUAGAAGACUAUCGCACACUUCUGGAUCUGAAUGUCCUCGCGCCUGCUCUCUGCAUCCAAGAAGCUCUCAAAUUAAUGCGCAAGCAUAAAAAUGAAGCUCAUAUUAUCAAUAUUAACAGGCAUAUUAUAUUUACUGAUAAAAAUAUAUAUAAUUUUUCUGAUAAUUAUAUUUAUUUUACAGUCGCAACAAAUACGGAACUGUUUGAUUUAUCAGAAAAACUUGAUCAUGUAUUGAAUGUAAUACCCGCUCUGGAGAGUAAGGACGUUGCUGAUUCCAUAAUGUUUGCGCUAUCAGUCCCACCGCAUGUUCAAAUUGAUCAGCUAGUUGUUAGCGGCGUACCCAGCAAACAAUGA